AUGUACCUAGCUGACCAAGCUGAUCCUCCGACUCUCCCUCAAACACUCCAAAACAUACACGACCUGCCGCAUGCUCGACGUAGCCACAACUAUAUUCACAACACCCCCCCUCUAGUAGAUACGACUGAAGCCGGACCCUUUGCAAAACUCAUGGCAUCGCAGAUCGCCAACGGCGGCGCUGCUGCUCCUGCCCCAGGCCCCGCCUCAGCGGCCGUCGCUGCGGGCGUGGGCAUCCCGAACCUCAAGGACCGGCUGCUCCCCAAGCUCGAAGCCCGAGGCGGCAGCGGCGGUGCUGGCCGCCGCCGCCGCGACCCCCCGGCCGACCAGCUGCCCGUGCCCGAGACGCCCGCCCUGCCGCCGCCGCCCGAGGCCUCGACGCUGACCUUCACGACGCCCCGGCGCCGCAUCCUCUCGACGCGCGACCACGACCUCUUCCUCGCCUCGCCCGCCUUCCGCCUCGUGCAGGCCUGGGUGUUCGGCCUCUCGGACGCCGUCGCCGACCGGCCCGUCUCGUCCGUCGGCGAGGCCGACCUGUCCGCGCCCGUGCGCACGAUCCUGUCGGUCCUCGACGAGGCCGAGGAGCUCGUCCGGCAGUCCCCGCCCGACGACCAGGGCGGCUCGCGGUUCGGCAACAAGCGCUUCCGCGACUUUGUCGACAAGGUCAAGGAGCACGCGCCCGAGUGGCACGCGCGGCUGGGCGUCGCCGGGGUCGGGGACGGGGCCGCGGCCGCCGAGGCGGCGACCUACCUCGCCCACUCGUUCGGCAACCGCCUGCGCAUCGACUACGGCUCGGGCCACGAGCUCAACUUUAUGGUCUGGCUGCUGUGCCUGUACCAGCUGCGCGCGCUGUCGCGGCCCGACUUCGCGCCGCUCGUCCUGCGCGUCUUCACCCGCUACCUCGAGGUCAUGCGCCUCGUCCAGUCGACCUACUACCUCGAGCCGGCCGGCUCCCACGGCGUCUGGGGCCUCGACGACUACCAGUUCCUGCCCUUCCUCUUCGGCGCCUCGCAGCUGCUGCACCACGCCUUCAUCACCCCGCUCGCCAUCCACCAGGAGCUCACCAUCGAGCAGUACGGCGGCGAGUACAUGUACCUGGGCCAGGUCGACUUUGUCAACCGCACCAAGACGGUCAAGGGCCUGCGCUGGCACAGCCCCAUGCUCGACGACAUCUCGUCGGCCAGGUCGUGGGCCAAGAUCGAGGGCGGCAUGCGCCGCAUGUUUGUCGCCGAGGUCCUGCGCAAGCUGCCCGUCAUGCAGCACUUUUUGUUCGGCUCGCUCGUCCCCGCCGCCGAGGGCAUGACGGACCAGGGCCGAGGGGAGGCGGGCGAUGACGACGACGAGGAGGCCGAGGGCGGCGGCGGCGAGGUCGUGUGCGAGGAGCACGGGACGAACCACCGGCACCAGGCCGUCGGCUGGGGAGACUGCUGCGGGAUCAAGGUGCCGAGCAGCAUCGCCGCCGCGGCCGAGAUGAGGAAGAAGGGCGGGGCGGGAGAGCUGAGGAGGAUACCCUUUGAUUAG